UAUAAGGCAUGCCCAGUUUGUAACGAAGACGUUACAUCUGCCCCAUUGCAUAGUAAAAUAUGCUAUAUGGGAUAUCAUCGAUUCUUGCAUAAAGAUCAUCCCUGGCGUAAAAGUAAACAUUAUAAUGGAGAAACCGAACAUAGACUUUCACCACGUCAUUUUUCUGGAUCGAAUGUCCUUCACCAAUUAGAAUCCAUUGAGUUUCCGCCACUUGGAAAAACUGUAAACAUCUUACAAUGAAAAAGGAAGCGAUUGCAUGAUAAAGUCAAUUGGGUGAAGAAAAGCAUCUUUUUUGAGUUACCAUAUUGGUUGAAUCUUAAGAUUCGACACAAACUGGAUGUUAUGCAUAUCGAGAAAAAUAUAUGUGAUAAUGUCAUGGGCACAUUAUUAAACGUCGAAAGGAAAACAAAUGACACUGAUAAAGCACGUAGAGAUUUAAUGAGGUUGAACAUUCGAAAAGAGCUGCAUCUUCAACAAGUCGGGAAUAAGUGGGUGAAACCGCAUGCGAGCUACACUUUAACAAUAGAAGAAAGAAGGAAAUUUUGCAACUUCUUGAAAACAAUUAAAUUUCCUGAUAGUUUUGCAUCAAAUAUAUCAAGAUGUGUUAGUGGUAAAGAUGAACAGAUAUCUGGACUCAAAAGUUACGACUCACACGUCUUGUUGCAAAGACUUUUACCAGUGGGGAUUCGUCCUUUCUUGCCCAAAGAUGUGAGUUCGGCAAUUGCAGAAUUGUCAGAUUUUUUCAAGGAUCUGACUGUAAAGACUUUAAAAGUCGAGACUUUGAAUAAGCUACAAGAAGCAAUCGUAUUGAUUUUAUGUAAAUUCGAGAGAAUAUUCCCUCCAGCAUUCUUCAAUGUCAUGGUUCAUCUAGCUGUCCACUUACCAGAAGAAGCCAAACUUGUUGGACCUGUGGUUAUAGUUGGAUGUAUCCAAUAGAGAGGAGAUUGAUGACAUUGAAACAGUACGUAAGAAAUAAAGCGUGCCCUAAAGGAUCUAUAGCAGAAGCAUUCAUUGCAAAUGAAUCGUUAACGUUCUGCUCGAUGUACCUAAGUGGAAUUGAAACAAAGUUCAAUAGGCCAGUUCGGAAUGAUGAUCCGCAAGACUUGAAUGAAACAAAUAAAGGAUGUCUGUCUGUGUUUUCAUAAAAUGCACGUCCAAUCGGUGGUUCAAAAAUGAAACAACUAUCGCAUACUGAGUUACAAAAAGCCCACUAGUAUGUCUUAACCAAUUGCGAAGCAGUCGAUGAAUACAAACGGUAUGUUUUUUUUUGUUUUAUAUUUAGAAAAUUAAGAUUAUUCUUACUUCAACAUCUAUUCAUUGUUCAAUCAUUGGGUAGAGAGCACGAAAUGGAGCUUCAACGUGGAAGUAGUGGUAAUAGUGGUAAUCUCACAAGGCUUCAAGAGAUUCUAUUUCCAGAAUUGUUUAAAAAAAAAGUGAGUUCUCAAGUUUGUUCGACAUCAAACGAAGUUGUGAAUGAGUUGUAUGCACUUGCCUGUGGCCCGGACCGUCGAGUAAAUUCAUAUCAAAGGUGUGUUACUAAUGGGGUUCGGUUCAACACAAACGAGAGGGAUGAUCGUUACACUACUCAAAAUAGUGGAGUGUGUGUAUUUGGUGGAGAUGAUAAUGAGAGAUCCGACUUCUAUGGUAUUAUUAAGGAAGUGAUAGAAUUGAAGUACAUUAAAGACAAACGAGUUCUUCUAUUUAGGUGCGAUUGGUAUGAUACAAAUCCUAAGAAAAAUCAUGUUCGUCAAAAUAAUAACUUUACAAGCAUAAACACGUGUCACUUAUGGUAUAAGGAUGAUCCGUUUAUACUUGUUUCUCAAGCACAACAAGUAUUUUAUGUUGGUGAUCUUCAAUUAGGUAAUGGAUGGAAAGUAGCUCAAAAAAUUCAACAUAGACAUUUAUGGGAUGUGCCUGAAGUAGAAGAGAUUGAUUUAGUUGAAGUCGAUAUCAAUCAAUGUGUAGUAGAUGAAGUGAAUCUCGAGACACAAACAUUUCAUAGAUCAGACAUAGAUCCAAGUAUAGUAUCCGACAAUACUAGUACAAUUGAGAUAGUAUUAAAUUUUGAUGAAGUACAAGACGAAAUAGAGGACGAGGACGAGGAUGAAGAUGAAUAUGAUGAAACAACAUCGUCGGAUGAAAUCGAUGACUCUGAUAUUGACGAGUAAUCCUAUAUGGUAUAUUAUAUGUUUUGUAAAUUUAUAAUUUGUAUUUUGGACUAAUCCUAACAACUUGUGUUCUGUUUUCUUAUUUUCAUUUUUUAGACAUAAUGUCAUCAGAUAGCGAAGGUGACGAUACCAUCGCUGGAAUCACACGAGCACGAGGGAAACUCGUGGCGAAUUCUUGUUACGAGUCGUAAAUCGAGUUGGAAAAAUCAAGCUCGA